AUCCUCCCGGGCCGGGUAGAGUUCGGUUGAGAAGUUGCUGGAUGGUGGGGGAGUACCACUGAUGAGAGAGCGGCCAAAAGAAGGGAACGUUUUAGUACGCGCCGAAGGAGUAUAACAUUUAUUGACUGGAAAGUGGCCAGAAACACCAGAGUAGAGUCCAUUCAUCUUCUGUGUGUGGUGCCUCAGAUUUCUGUACUUCUGGUUUUCCAGCAGCAAUGUCACAGAAGAGUGGGCAGGAUGACCCGGAGCGGUACCUCUUCGUGGACCGUGCUGUUGUGUACAACCCAGCAGCUCAGGCAGACUGGACUGCCAAGAGGCUGGUAUGGAUCCCAUCAGAGCGUCACGGCUUUGAGGCAGCGAGCGUCCGCGAGGAGCGUGGGGAUGAGGCGGUGGUGGAGCUCGCAGAAAACGGAAAGAAGGCUGUGGUCAACAAGGAUGACAUCCAGAAAAUGAAUCCACCCAAAUUUACCAAGGUGGAAGAUAUGGCAGAACUCACAUGUUUGAAUGAGGCCUCAGUGCUUCACAAUCUCAAAGACCGAUACUACUCAGGGCUCAUCUAUACAUACUCUGGCCUCUUCUGUGUGGUCAUUAAUCCCUACAAAAACCUGCCCAUCUACUCGGAGAACAUCAUAGAGAUGUAUCGUGGGAAAAAAAGGCACGAAAUGCCCCCUCACAUAUAUGCCAUCUCAGAGUCUGCAUACAGAUGCAUGCUGCAAGAUCGAGAGGACCAGUCCAUUCUUUGCACAGGCGAGUCAGGAGCUGGUAAGACGGAAAACACAAAAAAGGUCAUCCAGUACCUCGCACAUGUUGCUUCCUCCCACAAAGGAAGAAGAGACCACAACAUUCCUCCAGAAUCUCCCAAACCAGUGAAACUACAGGCCCAAAAUGCAGUUAGUGGACCCCUGUUUUAUGGUGAACUGGAACGCCAGCUUCUUCAGGCCAACCCCAUCCUCGAGUCCUUUGGAAAUGCGAAGACUGUGAAAAACGACAACUCGUCACGUUUUGGGAAAUUCAUUCGGAUCAACUUUGAUGUUGCUGGGUACAUCGUUGGAGCCAACAUUGAAACCUACUUGCUGGAGAAAUCCAGGGCUAUCCGUCAAGCCAAAGAUGAGCGCACCUUCCACAUUUUUUAUCAGCUGCUGGCAGGAGCUGGCGAGCACCUCAGAUCUGAUCUGCUUUUGGAAGGGUUUAACAACUACAGAUUCCUGUCGAAUGGGAACAUCCCAAUUCCAGGCCAACAGGACAAAGACAACUUCCAUGAAACCAUGGAAGCCAUGCAUAUCAUGAGCUUCGCACAUGAAGAGAUUCUAGCUAUGUUGAGGGUGGUGUCUUCGGUGCUGCAGUUUGGUAACAUCAUCUUCAAGAAGGAGAGGAACACUGACCAAGCCUCCAUGCCUGAUAAUACUGCUGCUCAGAAGCUGUGUCAUCUGCUGGGUAUGAAUGUCAUGGAGUUUACCAGAGCCAUCCUGACGCCUAGAAUCAAAGUGGGAAGAGACUAUGUCCAGAAAGCCCAGACAAAGGAGCAGGCUGACUUUGCUGUGGAGGCCCUGGCUAAGGCAACAUAUGAACGUCUGUUCCGCUGGUUGGUUCAUCGUAUUAAUAAAGCUCUGGACAGAACCAAACGGCAGGGGGCUUCCUUCAUUGGUAUUUUGGACAUAGCUGGUUUUGAAAUUUUCCAGUUGAACUCCUUCGAGCAGCUCUGCAUCAACUACACCAAUGAGAAGCUGCAGCAGCUCUUCAACCAUACCAUGUUCAUCCUGGAGCAGGAGGAGUACCAGAGGGAAGGCAUCGAGUGGAGCUUCAUUGAUUUCGGCUUGGACCUGCAGCCCUGCAUUGACCUCAUCGAGAGGCCGGCGAACCCUCCAGGAGUACUGGCUCUGCUGGACGAGGAGUGCUGGUUCCCGAAGGCCACAGACAAGACCUUUGUAGACAAACUCAUCCAGGAGCAGGGAACUCACACCAAGUUUCAGAGACCCCGUCAGCUCAAAGAUAAGGCUGACUUCUGCAUCAUCCACUAUGCUGGCAAGGUUGACUACAAGGCAGACGAGUGGCUAAUGAAGAACAUGGACCCCUUAAAUGACAACGUGGCUACUCUUCUUCAUCAGUCAACAGACAAAUUUGUGGCUGAACUGUGGAAAGAUGUGGACCGAAUCGUGGGCCUGGACCAGGUGGCAGGGAUGAACGAAACAGCAUUUGGUGCCACCUACAAAACCAAAAAGGGCAUGUUUCGUACAGUGGGGCAGCUCUACAAAGAGUCACUCACCAAACUCAUGGCCACACUGAGGAACACCAACCCAAACUUUGUUCGCUGCAUCAUCCCCAACCAUGAGAAAAGAGCCGGUAAAUUGGAACCUCACCUGGUCCUGGAUCAGCUGAGGUGUAAUGGAGUCUUGGAGGGAAUUCGUAUCUGCAGACAGGGCUUCCCCAACCGCAUUGUCUUCCAGGAGUUCAGACAGAGAUAUGAAAUUCUUACGCCCAACGCUAUCCCAAAGGGCUUUAUGGAUGGGAAACAAGCCUGUGAGAGAAUGAUUAAAGCCCUAGAGCUGGACCCCAACCUGUUCCGUAUUGGUCAGAGUAAGAUCUUCUUCAGAACUGGUGUUCUGGCUCAUCUGGAAGAGGAGAGAGACCUGAAAAUCACUGACAUCAUCAUCUAUUUCCAGUCUGUGUGCCGUGGAUACUUGGCUCGCAAAGCCUUUGCUAAGAAGCAACAGCAGCUGAGUGCUCUGAAGGUCCUCCAGAGGAACUGUGCUGCUUAUCUCAAGCUGCGACACUGGCAAUGGUGGAGGCUCUUCACCAAGGUGAAGCCACUGCUUCAGGUCACCAGACAGGAGGAGGAGCUACAAGCCAAAGACGAGGAGCUGGUAAAGGUGAAGGAGAGACAGCUCAAGGUGGAAAACGAGCUAGUGGAGAUGGAAAGGAAACACCAGCAGCUCCUUGAGGAGAAGAAUAUUCUAGCGGAGCAACUCCAUGCAGAGACAGAACUGUUUGCCGAGGCAGAAGAGAUGAGAGUUCGUCUCCUCUCUCGGAAGCAAGAACUUGAAGAAAUCCUGCAUGACCUGGAGUCCAGAGUGGAGGAAGAGGAAGAGAGGAACCAGAGCCUGCAGAAUGAGAAGAAGAAAAUGCAGUCUCACAUCCAGGACCUAGAGGAGCAGCUGGAUGAGGAAGAAGCUGCGAGACAGAAGCUGCAGCUGGAUAAAGUGACAGCUGAGGCAAAGAUCAAGAAGAUGGAGGAGGACAUUCUGCUGCUGGAAGACCAAAAUUCUAAGUUUCUUAAGGAGAAAAAGCUGGUGGAGGACAGGAUUGCUGAGAUGACCUCUCAGCUAGCAGAGGAAGAGGAGAAGGCAAAGAAUCUUGGCAAAGCCAAGAACAAGCAGGAGAUGAUGAUGGUUGAUCUUGAGGAGCGCUUGAAGAAAGAGGAGAAAACACGACAGGAGCUGGAAAAGGCCAAACGCAAACUGGAUGCUGAGACCACUGACCUGCAGGACCAGAUUGCAGAGCUUCAGGCACAGAUUGAGGAGCUGAAGACGCAGCUGACUAAAAAGGAAGAGGAACUGCAAGCUCUGCUGGCCAGGAGUGAUGAGGAAACGGCACAGAAGAACAACGCCUUGAAGCAGGUGCGUGAGCUGCAGGCACAGCUGGCUGAGCUCCAGGAGGAUCUGGAAUCAGAGAGAAUCUGUCGAAGCAAAGCUGAAAAACUAAAGAGGGAUCUGAGUGAGGAGCUGGAAGCUCUGAAGACAGAGCUGGAGGACACUCUGGACACCACUGCUGCCCAGCAGGAACUCAGGUCAAAGCGAGAGCAGGAGGUGGCAGAGCUGAAGAAAGCCAUUGAAGAAGAGUCCAAGAACCAUGAGGCUCAGAUCCAGGACAUGAGACAGAGGCAGGCCCAAGUGCUGGAGGAGCUGUCUGAUCAGCUGGAACAGGCCAAGAGGUUCAAGGCCAACCUGGAGAAGAACAAGCAGUGUUUGGAGAGCGACAAUAAGGAGCUGGCCUGCGAAGUGAAAAACCUGCAACAGACCAAGACAGAGUCAGAAUACAAGAGAAAGAAAGUAGAGGCCCAGCUGCAGGAGUUUAUGGCUAGAGCCACUGAGAUGGAGAGGGCCAAAGGAGAGCUGACCGAGCGCUCCCUCAGACUGCAGACGGAGCUGGACAACGUUUCUGCCUUACUGGAGGAGGCUGAGAAAAAAGGCGUCAAACUGGUGAAAGAAGUGGACAAUCUAAACAGCAAACUGCAGGACUCUGAGGAGUUGCUCCAGGAGGAGACUCGCCAGAAACUCAAUCUGAGCGGCCAAAUCCGCCAACUGGAAGCGGAAAAGAGCAACCUGCUGGAGCAGCAGGAGGAGGAUGAGGAAGCACGCCAUGGUCUGGAGAAACAGCUGCAGAUGGUGCAGGCUCAGCUGUUUGAGACCAAGAAAAAGCUGGAAGAGGAUGUGGGAGUUAUUGAGGGUCUGGAGGAGGUGAAAAGGAAACUCCAGAAGGACAUGGAGCUCACCAACCAGCGUUUGGAGGAGAAAACCAUGGCCUUGGACAAGAUGGAGAAGACCAAGAACAGACUACAGCAAGAGCUCGAUGACCAGAUGGUGGAUCUGGACCACCAGAGGCAGAUUGUCUCUAACCUGGAAAAAAAGCAAAAAAAGUUUGACCAGAUGCUGGCUGAGGAGAAGACCAUCUCAGCUCGUUAUGCUGAGGAGCGUGACCGAGCCGAGGCGGAGGCUCGAGAGAAGGAGACCAAGGCUCUGUCUUUGACCAAAGCUCUGGAGGAGGCCUUGGAGGCCAAAGAGGAGCUGGAGAGGUUCAACAAGCAGCUCCGUGCUGAAAUGGAAGAUCUGAUGAGCUCCAAGGAUGAUGUGGGGAAGAAUGUCCAUGAACUGGAGAAGUCCAAGCGUACCCUGGAGCAACAAGUGGCGGAGAUGAGAACGCAGCUGGAGGAGCUGGAGGAUGAGCUGCAGGCCACAGAAGAUGCUAAACUGCGUCUGGAAGUCAACACGCAGGCCAUGAAGGCUCAGUUUGAUCGAGACCUGCAGGCAAAGGAUGAACAGGGAGAGGAGAUGAAGAGAGCGCUGGUGAAACAGGUCCGUGAGAUGGAGGCUGAACUGGAGGAUGAGAGAAAGCAGAGAUCUCUGGCUGUUGCGGCCAAGAAGAAGCUGGAGGUGGACCUGAAUGAACUCGAGGGUCAGAUUGAAGCAGCCAACAAGGGCAGGGAUGAAGCCAUUAAACAGCUCAAAAAGCUCCAGGCUCAGAUGAAAGACUAUCAGAGAGAGCUGGAGGAGGCAAGAGCUGCUAGAGAUGAGAUCUUCACUCAGUCAAAGGAGAACGAGAAGAAAUUUAAGAACUUAGAAGCUGAAAUCUUACAGCUUCAUGAGGACUAUGCUGCAUCAGAGAGAGCCCGGCGACAUGCUGAACAAGAGCGGGACGAGCUUGCUGAUGAGAUCUCCAACAGUGCUGCUGGAAAGUCAUCACUGCUGGAGGAGAAGAGGCGGCUCGAGGCCCGUAUUGCUCAGCUGGAGGAGGAGCUGGAGGAGGAGCAAGGCAACAUGGAGCUCCUCAACGACCGCUUCAGAAAGAGCAGCACACAGGUGGACAGCCUGAAUGCUGAGCUGGCUGCAGAACGCAGCACUGCACAGAAGAGUGAGAACGCUCGGCAGCAGAUGGAGCGACAAAACAAGGAGCUUAAAACUAAGCUGGCAGAGCUAGAAGGAGCUGUAAAGUCAAAGUUUAAGGCAUCCAUCACUGCACUGGAGGCCAAGAUACUUCAGCUGGAGGAGCAGCUGGAGCAGGAAGCCAAGGAGAGAGCUACAGCCAACAAAAUCGUCAGACGUACUGAGAAGAAGCUGAAGGAAGUGAUGAUGCAAGUGGAGGAUGAGCGUCGUCAUGCCGACCAGUUCAAAGAACAGAUGGAGAAGGCCAACUCACGUAUGAAGCAACUAAAGCGUCAGCUGGAGGAAGCAGAAGAGGAGGCAACAAGAGCCAACGCCUCUCGCAGGAAGCUGCAGAGGGAGCUGGACGACGCCACAGAGGCCAGCGAGGGUCUCACCAGAGAGGUCAACUCCUUAAAGAACCGUCUCAGGCGUGGCGGCCCAGUCAGCAGCUUCUCCUCCAACCGUUCAGGCCGCCGCAAUCUCAACCUGGACGGUGCCUCCGGAGACAUGUCUGAUGACGACGCCGACAGCCGGACCAACGACUUCAACGACACGCAGACCUCCAACGCCGAGUGAAAAACACACUUUUUAUUCGGCUCCUCCUCAGUACUCUCCUUCCUGCACCUAAUUCUCCUCUCGAAGAUCCUCACUGUUCCCAUCUCCUGAUUCAGUUUUUAAACCGUUGACUGGCCACUGAAGCGGUUCUGGUGCAUCUUUUUAUCUGCUAGCGCUGCAGGGAAAAUCCGUUGUCCUUUUUGGAAAAAUACUCUGAUCACAGGAGCAAACAGACAAUUCUGCCUUACUUUGUUCUCCACUGGUUUGGGUCAGUCUAUCAGCCACACUUAAACCUGCCCCUCAUUACCUCCCAUCAGGCCUGAAAUGAUCUGCUUAGCUUAAUGACAACAUACAUGUAAAGGUACAAAGUGCUUUUUUUUUUUUUUUUUACAAAUUCAGCUGAGAGUGUUCACAUCAAGUGUGGAAAACCAGGACUAUAUGGAAUCGAUUUUCAUUUCUGGUACCGGACACACCCCCUCCCCCCAGUGUUCAGUGCUACACGAGUCCUCUCUGAGGACGCUGCUUGGUGUCUGACCCACUCACCGCACCACACUGCAGAAACGUCUCGGGACAGGCAAUAGAAAAACAUAGAAUUUGAACUGACACGUAUAUUACUGUGAAAAAUAAGAAGGUAUUUUAUUUACCUGUUGCUUCAUCUCAACAUUAUAGAAGGAAUGUGUGGCUUGGUUUUAAAGCUUAUAACCUCUGUGGAUUGUCCACCACCAGGAAUGCCGGCCUCAAGCUGGAAAAAGAUGCUGGAAAAAUGCACAGAACUGCACAGAACAUGUGAAACCCAAAGCAAGCAGAAAGAAAUGCUUAACAGGAAAGCACUGCAGUGCCACUAAAUGGGUGAUUUGAGCACAUUUUCUGAUUAUUCAGAUGAAAACUGGUGGUGACGAGUGAUCUUCACUAUUGUUUCAGUGUUUGUGCUUAGCUUCACUUUGUUUUAUCAUAACAUUCAAGAUGGUCUUUGGAACCCCAACUGGGGCUUUCAGCACCAUUUUACUGCUGUUCUACAGGAUGUCAGAUAAAUCAUUGCAUACUCAGCUUCCAGCUAGAUUAUUCUAUUAUUACAUACAAAACCUGUGAUUAUUUUAUUUUCAAUUACAAAGUUUUUAAAAAAUUGCUUUUUAUUUCUUUUUUUGCUGUCUUGAUCUGGACCUGUGGACACAUCCAAAUGUUACAGAUCUACCAGAAAACCCACUCAAUGUGGCAUUGUUUCAUAAAUUCUACUACAUACAAAUAAUAAAACCCAACUUCUAAACAAGUAUUGUAAACAUGUUGUAAUACCUGAAAUGCUGGAAAAGCAAUGGAAAUUCUGGAAGGUGUAAAACUUUCAAAAUGAAAAGGUUUUGGAACCAUGAGCUUCAUUUUUAUUUUAAGAACCCAGAUAAAGAAUAUCUUCACCACGUGGUAUGGUUGUCCUAAAGAAAAUUAAGAAUGUGUCGCCAGUAGGUGGCGCUGUAGAGGCCAAAUAAAUUGAGACUAACUAAUCUCUGCUGUCUGCUAAUGUAGGAACCAGAUUUUACCAAAAAGUUGGUAUGAUGGCUCAAACAUAAGACAAACUAAAGAAUGAAAAACAGAUAUUUUUUCCUUCUCCAGCUUGUUUCUGGAGUCUGAUUUAAGAGAUGCCCUGAGAACAGCAGUAAGCCGUGAAUGUCAUUCUGGCUCGUUCAAACAUCGACUUAUGUAAAUUUCUAGCUCUGUGACUCGAAUGUACUUUGUGCCAUUAUUUUGUGAGAUAAAUCCCGACUCUUCAGACCUCCCACAGACCUUAUCGAGCACUUAGUAGUUGUAGGCGUAGAGUUGUUAGUUCUCAAUCCUCAAACAGACCUUUGUUUUAACUCAGCUUUAAAUACAGCAGCCGCCUCCACAGCUGAACCACUCCGGUGUAAAAAACAAAAAAAAUGACUACCUGCUGGGAUCCUCACAGCCACCCCUCAGCUCUGCUGUGACUCGGUUUCCUCUGGAUGUAGUCAGCAGCAGCAGCAGAGACUUGGGCUCCUUCUCCUCUAAUUGAACCAUUAACCAUAUGUUUCUUUAAACGUGCCUUAGACACUAAACAAGAACAUAAACAGGCUGCGAGUUCUUUCAAGAUAAAAGGAAUAAAGCAUUGAGAAAAUGUUUAACACACACAAUUCUUUUGGAUUUUUGCCGUGCUUUGCAUCAUAUCACAGUGUACCGUUGUUCAUUACAACCUAGCUAAAGGGUUGGGUCGUUAUCAGUAUUAACUAACAUGAGAAUUGCAGCAGCAUUCGACCAAACUCUCCUUGUUCUCAGACGUGUUCCCCUGUCAACCCUCAGAUGAAGGUUUUAUUACUUCACUUCUUCUGAGAAUUAGGGCGCUGCACAGGAUUUCAUUGGGUUGGAAGCUUUAACAUCCACCUGUAGAUGACUUCUUAUUUCUCUUUCCAUUAUUAUUCAGCUUAUUCAACUUCAAAUCCUCUCAUGUUUCUUCCUGUAUAUCUAGAUGGUAAUUUUUGCCCCCUUUCUGUUUUGUUUUGUAAAAGGAAAAUAAAGCAUAUUCAUUUUAA